CAUUCAUUCCCGCAGUAGGAGGUGGGUGGGUAUGGGGUUGCCCUGGAAACCAGGGGUGGAGCAGCUGCUAUAAAAGUUGGACGGCUGUGCAUCGCAUUAAUUCUUUCACUGUAAUUUGGUAGUUUACAAGGGGAAAAAUCUAAGGUUAACAAAUAUUUAUAUUCUCGCUUUGGGAUAUCAAUAAAGAAGACCUUCGAACUUUGAAUAAUGUGUGGGAUUUUUGCUUACCUGAAUUACCGAGUACCACGGACAAGGAAGGAAAUCUUUGAUACACUAGUUAAAGGACUGCAGAGACUUGAGUAUCGGGGAUAUGAUUCCGCGGGUGUUGCUGUCGAUGGUCCAAGGAAAGAAGGCAAUGGCAGCAUUUGCCUGUUUAAGAAAAGAGGGAAGGUGACAGCCCUGGAUGAAGCUCUCUGCAAAAAUGACUCCAUCUACCUGGAUGCUGAGCUGGAUAUACACUUUGGCAUUGCUCACACCCGCUGGGCGACACAUGGAGAGCCCAGUGCUGUCAACAGCCACCCGCACCGAUCUGACAAAAACAACGAGUUUGUUGUUAUACAUAAUGGCAUAAUCACCAAUUACAAAGAACUCAGGAAGUACCUGAAUUCCAAAGGCUAUGAGUUUGAGUCUGACACCGACACAGAGGUCAUCCCCAAGCUGAUCAAGUAUCUCUAUGACAACCGGGAGAACGAUUAUGUGUCCUUCUCCACCCUGGUGGAGCGCGUAAUCCAACAGCUGGAGGGGGCCUUCGCUCUUGUUUUCAAAAGCAUUCACUUCCCAGGAGAGGCUAUCGCCACAAGGAGAGGAAGUCCUCUGCUGAUUGGAGUGCGCAGCAAGUAUGAGUUGUCCCGGGACCAGAUCCCCAUCCAGUACAACAAUGGAGACUUCAUCGCGAAGAAAAACUUCCGCAACAGAGUUGACAGCAGCACAUCCCUACAUUCCGUCUGUGACAGAAAGGCAGUGGAAUUCUAUUUCGCUUCUGAUGCCAGCGCCAUCAUCGAGCACACCAACAAGGUGGUGUACCUGGAAGACGAUGACAUUGCCGCGGUGGCCGAGGGCAAGCUGUCCCUGCACCGCGUGAGCCGAUGCGCGGGUGAGGAGUCCGCCCGGGUCAUCCAGACCCUGCAGAUGGAGCUGCAGCAGAUCAUGAAAGGGAACUUCAAGGCCUUUAUGCAAAAGGAGAUUUUUGAGCAGCCUGAGUCAGUAUUCAACACAAUGAGAGGACGGAUUUGCUUUGACACAAAUACAGUGGUGCUGGGAGGGUUAAAUGAUCAUUUGAAGGAAAUUAGGCGAUGCCGCCGCCUGAUCAUAAUUGGCUGUGGGACCAGUUUCCAUGCUGGAGUGGCGACGCGUCAAAUCCUGGAGGAGCUGACUGAGCUCCCGGUCAUGGUGGAGUUGGCCAGUGACUUCCUGGACCGCAUCACACCUGUGUUCAGAGACGACGUCUGUUUCUUCAUAAGCCAGUCAGGUGAGACUGCAGACACCCUGAUGGCUUUAAGGUACUGUCAAGGGCGUGGUGCACUCACUGUAGGAGUGACCAACACAGUGGGCAGCUCCAUCUCCAGAGAAACCGACUGCGGUGUUCACAUCAACGCAGGACCUGAAAUUGGAGUGGCCAGCACCAAGGCCUACACCAGUCAGUUUGUGGCGCUCAUCAUGUUUGCCCUGAUGAUGAGUGAGGACAGGCUGUCUCUGCAGAAGAGGAGGCUGGAGAUCAUCAGUGGCCUGCGCCAGCUUCCAGCGCUGAUAAAACAGGUCCUGGCUCUAGAUGAGCACAUUAAAAGCAUGGCAGAGGAGCUGUACCAGCAGAGGUCCCUACUGGUCAUGGGCCGUGGAUACAACUACGCCACCUGUCUGGAGGGGGCACUGAAAAUAAAGGAGAUCACCUACAUGCACUCAGAGGGCAUCCUGGCUGGGGAGCUGAAGCAUGGGCCGCUGGCCCUCAUCGAUAAGGACAUGCCUGUCAUCAUGGUAGUCAUGAGAGAUGCCUGCUACACCAAAUGCCACAACGCACUGCAGCAGGUCACAGCCAGACAGGGGCGACCCAUCAUCAUAUGCUGCCGUGACGACCCUGAGAUCUCCAAGUGUGCCUAUAAGACCAUCGAGGUCCCUCAGACGGUGGACUGCCUACAGGGCAUCCUCAGCGUCAUCCCCCUGCAGCUCAUGUCCUUCCACCUGGCUGUGCUCAGAGGAUUCGAUGUGGACUGCCCCAGGAACUUGGCAAAAUCUGUGACUGUGGAGUAACAUCUGCCAUAAUGCAGAACACGGACAAACUGGAGAAAGAAGUUAAGAAACUAAAGUGCAAUCAUAAUUUUGUGUUUACUAUGUGUGGGGGUGGGUGGAAGGGAGAAAGAAAGUGUGUGUGUCCGUUUACAAUUACUGUCAUUUUCUGUCCCGAUGACCAAAUUCUGAAGACAACAUUCCGGGCAAAAUUAAAUGGAAUCAGUGAAUGUUUUACAUUUUUUAUUUUUUAAAGAGUUAAUUAUUUAAAUGAUUUGUAUAAUUUUAGUGCCUUUUUACUUUAAGGACUUAAUGUGACUUUUUCCUCCAAGAAGUGACGGGGAUUCUAAACUGUGCCUUUGGGUCUGCUCUUUGCUUUUAAUUUGCAAAGAUGCUGAAGUUUGAUGUGAACUUAAUGAUGGUAUCAUAUGAGGUGCGUCUUAAAGAAUAAUGUUUCAGCCUUUGUUUGUCUUAUAUGUAAUCAUGUUCUAUUUUAUGUUGUAUAUAGAGUAAUAUAUACAUGAAGGAAUCAUUCAUUUUAUAUUGGUGGUUUUGCAUGUGAAAUGCCACACUUCAUUUUCAUAUUUCAGAGAUCGGACUAGUGAAGGCAACGUUUUGCAAGUGCAUGAAAUACAGGCUCAAUACUGGUUACAUUUCCUUUCAAAAGGGUAGCAUUGAACUGUGUGCUUUUGGACUGUUGAACAUACCAUCUGUCAUGGUAGUCAUCAUCAUAAAUGGCAGUAAUGGUUAUGUACCGGCCCUCACUGACUGUGCCAAUCACUUGGUUUAUAUUCCAUUAAGUUUUUGAUUCAUUUUUGUCCUGUACUCUACUAUUUUCAUUCCAACUCUGUAGUUUUUGGUUAUGUUCAGUAUGAUAAUAUCACUGUCAUUCCUUUUGUCCACCUGUCAGUCUGCCAUAAACCAACCUCAGUGAUCUCGGUAUAUGGAAGAUUUUCUCUGCUAAGGCAAUUUGAUGACCACCCUUUUGCAUCAGCCACAGGUUCAAUACAGUUGAAGCUGUGUGGUUAUGAAAUCGUUACUAUACCAAUGAUCACAGGGCCAAUCAAUAUGGCCUGUUGGGUGGAAUGUUCUAGUUUUUUUUCUGUUGUUCUUGGGACAGAACAGAUAUCAUUGAUUACAUGAAGAAAGCUUUAAACUAUGCAGUCAAUUAUUUUGUGAUAAUGUGCGUGUAGUUCUUACUGCAGACCUGUUUUAAAUGAACAGAUUAACUAAAUUCAGCUAAAUCAGACAUUUUAAUUAUUCAUGUACCAAAGAAUUGGGCUGGAGAUAUUAAGGAUUCCUAAUCUACUACCUGGACAUCUCUUCUGAAGAUGGCCUUUGAUCUUGUUGAUCAUAAAUAAUAUAGCGUACUGUACAGUUUGUAUACCAACUUAUCCAGGGCAUUGAUAUGUUAAUAGACUCAAGUGCCUUUUUUUUUCCUUCACCGUGUCUCUCAGUCUAUGAGCUUGCGGAACCAGAUGUUGCACAUGUGUCUGGAAACAGUUGUAUAAAUGUUUGGCUUAAAGAUGUGUGAGAUCUAUCACAUGAACCUCUUACCUUAGUUUGACAUUUUUAAACUAUUCAGUCGGCUCAUGAAGGUGGGGUUGACGGUAAGAGUGCAGUGAGUUUGAUCAUAAGACUUGGAGCCUGCCUUGCCAACCAAUAUGUUGGUUUGCCGUACCAUCCAAAUAUAAAAAUGGGUAGGUAGGUAAAUAUACUUUUUGACUCCUAAUCACCAAACAAAUGUAGCAAAUAGUAUUCUUCUAGUCAUCUAAUAGGUCCUCUUUGCUAGUACUAAGAAAUGGCUGUUGUGCCGUCUGUGAAGUUAUAGGUUAUAUUCGGCAGAUCAAACAACAGGGGGGAAUAAAUUAGGUCGGGCCCAAUUUGAUUGAGUCUGUCGGGUUGCGGCAAACCCACAUAACUUCAAGGAUUGCCUUGUCAGUUACAGAUUUCUUCACACAUUCACAACCCCAAAUUCCAAUACGUUGUCUCCAAAACUGUGACAAAUUCACACCUGGCAAGACUACUAGCAGAUGAAUUUGUGAAGAAUAUUCUCUAAACUGUAAGGACUCUUUUCUUUUUUCUGUCUUUUGUCAUUUUUUUUAUACUCAUAUAUCAUUCUCUGUGGUGGUAAUCAGUAACGCUUGUGGAACAGUGCAGCACAGUACAUGAACAUCACAACAGCAUGGUACAUCAGGACAUCAGUGCAGGCCUACUCACAUGCUCUUCUAGCAGUGGCCUCAUCCUGGGGGAACAUAGCAUGAACAUUUUCAGACUUUUGGAAAGGAUUCACUUCCUCUUCAGACAGAAAUGUGACGAAUUGCUGUAUUUGGUACGUUUCUAUUGAAUGACGAUGAUUUUAAUUAAAGAUUACCAUGUUUACACCAUG